AUGAAGAUCAACACACCGUCGUUCCUUCUCUUCCUUCUUCCCGCCAUCUCGGCCGCACUCGCCGAUACGACCUACAAUGACAAUAUAAAUUCUCAAGUCUCGCGGGAGACCGUUGGCAGCAACGCUCGUCUCGUUGAUUCCGACACAGUCGCAUCUAAUGUCGCCAAAGGGCCGCCGGACGUUCCCGUGGAUGGCAAGGAUGGCAAACCACACGCUGGUCCGUGGGUGGAAACCAAUGCAGAGCGCGACCGCAAAAACAUCAAGGGAAGCGAUGAUAUUGAUAUUGUCUCGACUAAAUACGAUACCAAGAUUCCUUCAUCCGGACACCUCAGCACCGAAGAGGGCAAGAUGAUUCCACAUUCAAACAGCGGCGUCAUGGACGAUCCAAAUCGGGCGGGCCCGAAAGAAGGCACACGGGGAACUGAGGGAGGUGUGUCUGAGAAAGGAAAGGAGAACCAAUGGGCAUCGGAAAAGGUGCCCGGGCCUCCAAGGGAGGCGCCUCCAUUGCCCAAUAGUGAGGCCAAGAAGCUGCCCUCGGGCAGUGAAGACGCAACAAUUAGAAGCGGCAGUCAGUCUGCGGAGGGUUCGGGAAGCCUGGGAAUGCUCGAGAAACCUGCCGAUCUGCCUCAGAAGCCAUACGAUAUUCCACACCCGAAGCCCCCGGCCAUGGUCAAUGAUAAUCCUUUGGGUCUUGGACGCGAGUCUGUUAACUCGGGUUCUCCCUCCGGCUCAUCUUCAUCCUCCUCGAGCUACGACCACAACAGUGAUUUGGGCAUCCCCGACGCCAGCAGCACUAUGCAUUCCCUUGUCUUUUCGUUCACCAUGAUCAUCGUCUCUGAAAUUGGCGACAAAACAUUCCUCGUCGCCGCGCUGAUGGCCAUGAGACACCCCCGAUUGGUAGUGUUCACUGCCGCAUUUAGCGCUUUGAUUGGCAUGACUGUUCUUUCAGCCAUUCUGGGCCAUGCCGUCCCUACCCUCAUCCCAAAGACUUUUACCAAGUUCAUGGCCGCCAUUCUGUUCUUGAUUUUUGGUGUAAAGAUGCUCAAGGAAGGCCGGGAGAUGUCUCCAGAUGAGGGUGUGGGCGAAGAGAUGCGAGAGGUCGAGGCAGAGCUCGAAGAGAAGGAACACGAGCAGCUGCGCCUGAACCGCCGUCGCUCUUCGGUUACUCCUCACAACCUCGAAGCUGGCCGUGCCGGUCGUCCCAAGACCCGCGGAUCCGGAAACCGCCUGCCCUCGCCUCCAGAGAGUUUGUCCUCGUCCUCGUCCCGUGGUUCUUCCCCUCAACCCCGGCAACGGCUGAACAACAUGUUCUCGGGGUUGAACAACCUGCUUUCGCUGUUGCUCAGUCCCGCAUGGGUCCAAACCUUCGUCAUGACCUUCCUCGGUGAAUGGGGUGACCGCAGCCAGAUCGCCACUAUUGCCAUGGCAGCCGGCCAGGAUUACUGGUGGGUGACCAUUGGAGCUACCGCUGGGCACGGUAUUUGCACUGCGGCGGCCGUCAUUGGUGGAAGGGCCAUUGCUGGCCGAGUCAGCAUGCGUGUUGUGACCCUGGGUGGUGCCGCAGCCUUCCUUGUCUUUGGCGUAAUCUACUUCAUUGAAGCCAUCUCUUAA